AAACGUAGGACGAAACGUCUAUGCGAACCGACUUUAAAAGUUGGACAUCUUUUUUUUUUUUCAGCCUCUACCCUGUCGUCACAGGAAUACACCGCAAACUCGACCAGGACGUUGUGAUGUCCGGCUACAUGAUACCGAAAAACACCGUCUUGAGAACCGAAAUAUUUGUAAGUGGGAGACUGGAGGAAAACUUCACAAGAGCUUCGGAAUUCAUCCCAGGCCGAUGGCUUCGUGGCAGCGGUGACCGGGCAAGUGAACGUCUCGGAAAAUGGACGCAUCACCCUUUUGCUUCGCUACCAUUCAGCUCUGGUGUACGGAUGUGCAUUGGAAGAAGGAUAGCUGAAAUGGAAAUGUGUAUACUCAUUGCAAAGGUGCUGCAAACAUUCAGAGUGGAGAAUCACCAUGGGGACAUUGGCUUCCUUUCACAGCUUACAAGUCGUCCACAAAAACCAGCCAGACUCCGCUUCAUUCAACUCUAGCACAAAAUUCAUACGCGAAGGUGGUGUUUCUGAGUCACUAUGAUUAGUUUUAAUAAAGUAAAUUUG